AUGGUGACGACAGUCGAGCAUGACAUUCACCGCCAACGCCGAAACGCAGUGGCUAGGUUCUUUUCGACGGCUAGUAUUCGCCAACUUGAGCCCAUCAUUCAAGCUACCAUGAGUAGGCUGCUAGAAAGGUUAGAGGAGACUGCGCAAGCAAGCUCUCCCCCGGUGCCGAUACACCAUAUCUUCAAAGCCUGCACUAGCGAUGUGAUCAACAAAUAUGCCUUUGGUGAGAGCUUUGGCUUCAUGGAACGGGCCGACUUCGGGAAGUGCUAUUUCGAUGCCACCUACAUGUUCUUUGGGCUGAAUCACAUCAUGAUUUUCUUUCCAUGCUUCGCGACUUUGAUGCAGAAGACCCCAGGGUGGUUUAUCAAGGCCAUAAUACCAAAUCUGGCGGAGCUUGUGGACAAGAAAUCUUGGUGGAUUGAUCGAGUUCGCGAGAUCGGAAACUUCCCAAAUCCCGAAAGGAUCAAGAGCACAAUUUUUGAGGGUAUUCUCAAUAGUAAUCUGCCCGCUGCCGACAAGACAGAUGCCCGGUUGGCAAGUGAAGCUCAGCUUGUCAUCUUCGCUGGCGAGGGUAUAACAGCAUUAGCACUCACUGCUGCGAUGUAUGAGAUUCUGGCUAACCCUCCUGUGCUUGAGCGUCUCAAAGCCGAGCUCUGCACCGCAGUACCGGAUGAGAAUUCUGAGGUCAUCUGCCUGCACCCGGGAGUCAUGAACCGCCAGAUGCGUGUCCCUGCCAGCCAGCCAGUCAUAUGCCAGGAUAAGAAUGGAUCUGGUCGUGAAUAUGUUGUGCCGGCCGGGUUCCUUGUGAGCAUGAGUCCUCUGUGUUUGUAUUUGAAUCCAGAUGUAUAUGAAGAUCCAUACGAAUUCCGCCCACAACGCUGGAUCGACAAUCCUCAACUGGGACGUGCAUUUUUAGGGUUCUCAAGAGGAACUCGAUCUUUUGUUGGGAUGAAUUUGGCUCAUCGGGAAAUGGCCAUCAUUUUGGGGACACUGUUUCGCAGAUACGACUUAUACCAUGGAAAGCCCGGCCGUACACUCGAGCUGUACGACACUGAGCGAGCCAGGGAUUUUGAUGCUAACUUUGACAUGAUCAUUCCAGUCCCUGCCAAGGGAAGCAAGGGAGUACGCAUCAGGGUUAGAAACUAG